CGAACGACCCACGGCGAGCGCUCCAGCCCCUUUGCUUUUUUACGGCGAAGCGAAACUGCACUUUCCUCCUCCAGCCGAGCUCCGGGCUUCCAUUCCGCAUCGCCCAGUGACAAAGCUGACAGUCCGGCGGUCGGGUAGCCACACUUCGGGAUGUCUUUCCUGGAUAAGCCGGCCCCGAGGAGGCUGGUGUUGGACGACACUGUCCCCCUGACGGCGGCGAUCCAAGCCAGCCAGAAGCUUCAAUCUCACACGGAGUACAUCAUCCGUGUCCAGAGGGGCGUGUCCUCGGACAACAGCUGGCAGGUAAUACGGCGCUACAGUGACUUCGACGUGCUCAACAACAACCUGAUGGUGUGCGCCAUCAGUCUUCCUCUCCCGCCUAAGAAGCUGAUCGGAAACAUGGACCGGGAGUUCAUAGCCGAGAGGCAGAGAGGCCUGCAGGCCUACCUGGACGCCAUUACCCAGCAUCCUUUGCUCUGCAGCGCUCUGCCUGUCAAGAAGUUCUUGGACCCAAACAACUACGCUGACAACUACUCAGAGAUCGCCCUGCAGCAGGUCUCCAUGUUCUUCAGGUCGGACCCCAAGUGGGAAGUUGUCGAGCCCCUCAAAGAUAUGGGCUGGAGGAUCAGGAAGAAAUAUUUCCUCAUCAAAAACAAAGUGCAAGCCAAAGAGAGAUAUCUGCUGAGCUGGGUGGACCUGGGUCCUGAUAAGUUCCUGUCAGAUAAAGACCUGCAGUCUGCCAUGAAGCUCCUUGCCAGCCUCUCGAGUCCAUACAUGUACCCGCUGUUGUUCUCCAGCACCAGUGAGUCUUCAGCACUUCUCAUCAGGCCUUUUAGCGAGGCCGGCUCGCUCAGAGACCACAUCUGUAAGGUGAAGCCCAGAGAGACCUACUUGAAGAAAUACGGCAACCCCAAGAAGAGUGAGGGUCUUGAACUAGCACACAUCCAACUGUAUGGCCGCCAGAUACUGGAGGCCCUGCGACUCCUCCACGACGGCGGCUUAUUUUACGGCCACCUGCACGCCUCAAAUGUGAUGGUGGACCAAGGCACGUGUCGACUGACGGACGUGGAGAACGGCAUGCUGGGAGUUCCCUCUGUCCUGCGACCUGCCUUCACCCACUUCAGGAAAAUCAACACCACCGAAAGCAUCGACGUCUUUUGCUUUGGUCACUUACUCUACGAGAUAACUUAUGGACGACCCCCAGCCAACGUUCCAGUGGACCACUAUCCUACCAACCCCUACACUGCUGUGGUGUCAGUGCUGCAGUCCAUCCUGUCCACAGAGGCGUGUAAGUCAGGAAUGCCCACAGUGUCACAGCUCAUUCAGACACCGCUGUUCUGUCACGUCCAGUUGCAACAUUCGGAUAAAGUCCAGAUCAAAGUCCCCAGCAGGCUGAAGGACGCCCUGAAGACGGCCAAAGAUCGUUUAGAGAAGCGUCUGCAGGGGGAGCAGAGAGUGCUGCACCAGCACAGGAGGCUGACCAGAGCUCAGUCUCAUCACGGCUCAGAGGAGGAGAAGAAGAGGAGGAAGAUUCUGGCGAGGAAGAAGUGCAGGCAGUCCACUUACGAGAAUGAAGAUGAUGUCUCUGUUCGCAACAACAACAACUCUGGCUCUGGCGCCAGUUCCCCUCCCACAUGCCCCUCUUCCCCCACCCCCCCGCCUUCUACAGGUGACCCGACGGCCCCUCCUCCCCCGCCCCCUCCCACGCUGGACCCCGGCGUGACACAAUCACGCUCGGACGGUCCCGGCGGCGGACGCACCGCCUUGCUGAGCUCCAUCCAGACCUUCGCCAAAGGCCAACUGAGGAGGGCGGCGACUACAGACCGCAGCGGGCCCGUCCUCUGACCCCCGUCCUAACUGGACCGCCGCGCUUUCCCUGACAUGUGAAGACCAAUCCCUUUUCAAGACAAUCCAAAUAUCUAUUUACAAAUCCAUUUUUUUUUUGUUGUUUAAACAUUUAUUUUUAUUUACUGGCACUUGGGGCUAAGUUGAUUAGCAACACUAAAUUGGCCCUAGUGUUGUGAAUGUUGUGUAUCUGUCCAGGGUGUACCCCACCUUCUGCCCAAUAGUAGCUGAGAUAGGCUCCAGCGACCCUGAAGGGAAUAAGUGCUAGAAAAUGGAUGGAUUGAGUGUAAAUCCUUGAUUAUUGCCCCCUUGAUGGAUCUUGUAGAACCCCAACAUGACAAAGGUAACCUGCUUUUUGUUGCUAAUGCAAUCCUCUUCAAUGCGCUAAAAUUGUCAUGGCGCCAUCUUGCGUCCGGGUUUGGAACUGCAGCUUCCCUUUUCACCUCCAACCAAGACAUGGAACCCCAAAUUCCUAACUAAUAAGUUGUUGUUUUCUUGCAGUAAACGAAAAAAAAUUUCAAAACAAAUUUUGGUCAACAAAAGACUUAGAAAUAGUUUAACUUGUCAUAUUUUGCGGAAAUAGACUUUUUAGUGUGUAUCGCCGUUUUUUGGUUGUUUACACAUGACAAACAAAAGUGACUUUUGCGUGUGUUUUGGAUAACCGUUCGCACACAAACAUGCGUAUGACGUUUGUUUAAGGUGGUCCCGCUGCUUUGUUUUUCACGUUAGAUGGUAAUCCUCAUUCUUCAGGAUCAUCCAGUUUUCUGACUUGCCUCUAUUUACUCAAUCGAUCUGGACGUGUAGCUCCGCGAGACAAUUUGUUGUGUUCAAAUGUUAAGAGCGUUUAUUUCACCGUGCCAUAUAUAUGAUACGAUCCUUGUGCCUAUGCGAGUGUAAGAAUGUGUUGCGGGUGAUUUAGCACACAGUACGUCAUCACUCAUGGACUUGAACCCGAUGACUGCUUUCAAAAAUGAUUUUUAAAGAACUGAAAAAUGUCUAAAAGACUGUGUGAAUGUUUUUGAGGCUCCAUGGCUUGUUUUUAUGACCCAGUGCAAUCCGGUUUGGUGAGAUUUUCAUUGAAUUGUGUCUGAAUAUUUAUCUGCAGCACUUUACCGCAAGGCAACUUUGUCACGUUAUUAUACAAAAUAAACUCGUAAGUGUCGGAUA